UUCAAAAACGAAUACUGUACAAACUAACCUAAGGAGCCUAACUGAAUUGAAAUGGCAUAACUGGCCUGUUCAUGUUUGUGUAAAUUGAAAAUUAGGAAACGAGACAAAUUUUCGUGACAAAUUUCCAAAUUUUUACAAGAAUCGUGGACGUUUUCGUGACAACACCCCAGAUGCAGAUCUGAAUAUUUUCCUACAAAAAUACCGGAUGUGCUCCAGGACUUAUAAAUAUAAAUGCUUUUCGUUAGGGAAUGAUCUCGUCUUAUCCGAUCUUUUGGUCAUUUAGUCCAUACAUGCAGUGUCAGGCGCCGUGUUUUUCGCCAGCUUGGGCGAUGGUUAGCCCACCAAAUUGUCAGCAAUAUUUUCCCCCGGGUGGAUACCAAGACCCGGGAGCAAAGGUUAGCAGGCGACGCGUUAUUUUUGAGGAGACAUUCAAUGAGCCACCAAUGAACGAGUAUGGUCGUGAAAAUGUUAAAUCCGAAGGACUGAGUUCAUUCUCAGGGAAUACGAUGAGAGCUCAGAGGUUAAUGCAGAAAGUUGGGAGUUCUAGAGUUAGCCCACCUGAUACACAAGCAAUGCCUGUGUUGAGGGGUUUAGCUCCUAGAUAUCCUUUCGGUUGUUUGCCUCAGCAAUUCAGAGCACCCCCUAAUCCUACCGUUCCGCUGCCGAGACCUUUACCCUUAUGUGGAUGUUUUGGCCCAUGCAGGCCACCUAUGCCAUUUAUAUUGGUUCCUCUUAUGUAGUAUUCGUGUGGGACUAAAGUUAUCAUAUUAUGUUAUCUACUUAAGAUACUUUUGCAUUAAUAUAACUAAUAUUACGAAUACAAACACGUAAAUAAGGAGCAGUGUAAGUAGCAGUAUAAUAGGGUGGUAAGUUUUAGCAGUUCAUACAUACUUUGUGGUUCAGAAGAAAAGUCGUGCAAAGAAUGCAACUAACCUUAAAUGUGAUAUUAGAGGAUUAAAAGUAUAUUUUAUGUAUUUGUAUCCAUUAUAAUACAUUUAGGUUAAUAUUAGAAUACGAACUUUUCUGGAAAAUUAAAUGUCGUAACUUAAGGGUUUUAUGUGUGAAGUUAACAAAAUUGAAUAAUUCAGUAACACGAAAUUGACAAAUA